CCAUGGUGCCUUGAACCCGAGAGGACGACACCUUCAAAGACGGCCCCCUGAGCGUUAGAUAGGCUGCAAACCACCGUGAAGGAGAAGCAUAUCUGGGUGUUGUCACCGUGGGCUUUGGAGGAGGACUACUGAGCAGACACAAAGGUCAACGCCAACGCUAAACCUCAGCAGCUAGGAUGGCUACAGCGAGCACCUCAGGACAGAGCGCAUUCGGGCUCGGGAGGAAAAAGAAGAACCCAGGUCUGAUGGAUCAGAUUAGCAAAUUCUUCGGAGGAGACAAAAAGAAGAGGAGCAAGGGCUCGUUCCGGGGUCACCUGGCCUCCUCGCCCCAGCAGUCCUCCUCUCGCCGCCGGGCCAAUGAAAACGCUGUGGUGCAUUUCUUCAGGAGCAUUGUUUCCUCUCCUCGUCCUAAAUCCAGGUGGAGAGACGUCUUGGGCUUGGCCUCGUCGCCACGUGCUGAGAGCACAAAGUCGCCGGUCAGAAGACGCAGAGACCAAAGCACACUGUCCAGAAUCUUCAACCUGUGACGCUGUCAUCAGAGAUCAGGAGAAUCCAAGUCCCGUCCACCCCCAAAACGCUGGAGUACCAUCUUCUAAGCUCUCCGCCGAACGCCAACCCACAGAUCCGAUGGGACCAGAAGAAGAAGAGGAAAAAGAAACAGAUCUGCAUGCGGCGGACUCACAACCUCAAGAAAUAUUAACCCACUAACCCAAGCUUCCCUGUAUCUUUAGUCAGAGACGCAUUGACACAGUGUAAAAUCUACUGUCCGGGUAUGUAGGCGGCCAUCUUGCAAGUUUUCCUUUUUUGUUUUUUUCUUUUAAUCCUACUUCUAACUGUUUAGUUGUUUUUAGUGAAGUAUCCUACUGUAUAAAUCCUGUCCGUCAGGUGGUGCUAGUGUCUGCUGCUCGCUGUCUGAGGUUCGUCCACGAUUGGAUGUUUGUUUUUCUACCCGUCUACUGUCGUCUGCGUUUGUACACGAGUGGCGCUGCUUCCUAGAAAACACAGCUCACAUUCAAAGAAUUUUUUUUUAGUUUCAUAUGUGAAACCCAGACAGGGUAUGUGGUCCUGUUUCUGCUUGAGUAACUGCUUUAAAGUCAUUAUGCCUCCGUGUAAUUAAUGAACAUUAUGAUGCUAUUUUAGUACAUCGAAAAAAAAUAUAUAAAACGCCCUUUUCAAGUGCACUAUUCCAUAACUGAAAAACGUCCCGACACACUAAGCGCGAACGUUGUCUUCUGCAGCUAUUUGCGUCCAUCUCCUUUAGUGUAUUUUAUCUGUUUGCAGUUUAAAUUAAGUUAAAUUAACCCUUGUGUUUAAUGAGAGGACGACGGUGGGUUUUAGUUGAUGGUUACGUCGUAAGUGGUUCAAAGGUUUUAGGCGGACGCAGUAAGAUGGCCUGAGGAGUAUAUCACUGUAGGACAGCAUGUUGGGUUCAAAUGUUGUGUUUAUUUUGUUCAUAAUAAAUUACACUGCCACUCUCA